AUGCAUCAUCGCGCCCUCAACACGCGGCCGCGGAAUGCGCUCUCCAUACUAGAGCGCCUCUUGUAUCCCUGCACGCACAACACCCGACCCAUCAUCCCUGUCUCCGAGCAUUGCCACCGUACAUGGACGAGGAGGAGCUACGCCAGCGCCAGUGCCAGUGCCGCAUCGUAUGAAGCGACACACGCGAAGAAGACGUCAGGCCCGUUGCACAUCCUGUUCUGCGGCUCCGACGAGUUUAGCUGCGCUUCGCUGGCGGCGCUUCACGCGGAGCACGCGCGCAACCCGGACCUUAUCCGCUCCAUCGAAGUCGUGGUGCGUCCGGGCAAGCGGACGGGGCGGGGGUACAAGGUCGUUAAAGAUCCGCCUGUCAGGACUCUCGCCUUCGAGCUCGGUAUGCAGAUCCAUGUGAGAGAUACGUUUACGGGAUGGAACAUGCCCCCAAACAUCAACCUCAUAAUAGCUGUCUCCUUCGGCCUCUUCGUGCCCCCGCGCCUCCUCAAGGCCGCCAAGUACGGCGGCCUAAACCUGCACCCCUCGCUGCUCCCGGACCUGCGGGGGCCCGCGCCCCUGCAGCACACCCUCCUCGCCGCGCGCACCCUCACGGGCGUGACCCUGCAGACCCUCGACCACGCAACCUUUGACCACGGACUCGUCCUCGCGCAGACGCCCGCCGACCCCGCCGACCCGGCCGCCCUCCGCAUCCCGCCGCACUGCCGCACCGUGGAGGCGCUGCAGGCGCUCGUCACGCCCGCCGCGACGAAACUCCUGGUCUCCGGCCUGCGUGACGCGUUGCACGUCCCGCCCCUCGUCGACCGCGGCUGGAAGCCUCCUAGCAGCACCAGUGUCGCCGCCGAAGACCCUACAAAUUUCCUGAUUCACGCGCCCAAGAUCGGGAAGCGCGACGCCCAGAUCACGCGCACCGUGCUGCGCGCCGAGGACGCGUCCAUGCGCCCCGAAAACGGAAACGGAAGCGGCAACAGGUGCGGAUCGAGCAGCCUGGCGCGGCGACAGGUGGCGAUCGGACCGCUGUGGUUCUGGGCGCGCGACACGCGCGGUCAGCGGCGGCGCAUCAUCGUGCAGGACGCGGACGCGGAGUUUGACGGGGCGGAGUUGCGGGCGGAGAGGGGGCCCCUGGCGGAGCUGUCUGAGAUCCCGGCGGCACUGUACGAACCCGGAGACGAUGGUGGUGGGGGGGGUGAUGGUGAUGGUGCGGCGGCGGAUAGGGCUUGGUCCGUGCCGGGGCGGGAUCCCGAGACUGGGAAGCUGAUGUGGCGGCGCUCCAUCGUGCUUCUGGACGAUGAGGAGGAGGGCCGUGUUGGGGUAGGCGGUGCUGGUGGUGGUCUUAGAGGUGAUGAAGCAGAACAAGGAAAAGGGGGAGUGGGUAAUGGAGGAGAAGAAGAGGGUGCGGGAGGAACAGGCAGUACACAGAAGCCGGUAGCACACCUCGUACUCUGGUCCCCGUGGCACAACCUCGAUUCGUACUACAUCGGCGGCUGUCGUCUUCUCAGGCUCAAGGUCGAGGGCGACAAGGGGAAGCCCCCGGCGCUGGCUCUGGCAAAAUUUCUCGUUCCUCCGGAAGGCGAAGUGAAGAGCGGAGAGAAACUGCGUUCUGUGCGCGGCAGGAGUUGGGGUCUUCGCGCCUGA